GGAUGCAGUCACACGAGCAGAUUGCCUACCUAGGCCCAAAAGCUUCGUAUACACAUCAGGCAACAUUAAGCGCUUUUGAUUCAGACAACUACACAUUCUCGCCACAGACAACGAUUGAAGAUGUCUUUAGCCAAGUGCAGUCUGGAAAGGCCGGGUUCGGUGUAGUCCCUUUCGAAAACUCGACCAACGGAUCUGUAGUCUUCACCUUGGACCUCUUUGCCGACCAGAGCGCAAAACACCCAGAUAUUGUGGUUUGCGGUGAGCGCUACGUCGAGGUACAUCACUGCUUGCUUGGACAUCCCGCAGCUUCUGGUCAAGGGCAUGCAACCGCACCAACCAAGGCACUCCAGGAAGGAACCAAGAGUCCAAGCAGUUCUGGCCAUGCUACACCUAUUCCUGGCAACCCCAAUCCCAGCAACUCGCGCGCAGCUCCAUUGACUUCUCUCUCACAUAUCAAGAAAUUGUAUUCGCAUCCGCAAGCUUGGGGCCAAUGCAAGACCUUUNUGUCCUGCUAUCUCAAGGGUGUCGAGCGACAGGACGUUUCAUCCACUUCCCGCGCAGCGGAACUUGUGGCUGCCGACGAGACAAACACGACAGCAGCUAUUAGUAGCGGGAUUGCAGCUCAGAUGACCGGCUUGGACUUUCUGGCACGCGACAUUGAGGACGAAAAGGACAAUGCUACACGGUUUUUCAUCAUUCGGAGAAGAAGUCUUGAGGACACGUCUCCUGCUUCCGACAAGGAGGACAGUCAAUCGCAUACUCGGGCAUACAAGUCGCUGCUUUCCUUCACUGUUUCUCACACCGAUGCAGGAGCAUUGGCCGACGCCCUGGCUGUCUUCAAAACUCACGGCAUCAAUCUGACCAGCAUCAACCCUCGCCCAAGCGGAGAGGCCNCCUGGCAUUACAUGUUCUUUGUCGAGUUUUCGGGUAGACGAGGUCAAGCUGCUGUCGAUGACACGCUUACAGGUCUGGACAAGGUUGUCAGAUCUUGGAGAUGGCUAGGCAGUUGGGAGAACGCUUUGCAGCAGAAACAA